UCAACCAGGCCCGUUUUACAACAGAGCUAGUAGUAGAUGUGAAUCCUGUCCUCCAAAUACGUACCAGUCAGAGCCAUAUCAAUAUGUGUGUGAAAAGUGUCCUGCAGGAACUAACAUUGCAACAUCAGGCUCAGAUGAAAUGUCAGACUGUAAAGAUCCCUGCACUGUUCCUGGCGAAGAACUAAAGCCUGAUGGUUCCUGCGGUAAAUGUGAGACUGGUACGGCAAAAGUACCACCUAGCACAACCUGUGAAAUUUGUCAAGCUGGUUUCACAACUGAAAGCACUGGGAGCACCAAGUGUGUGCCUGACUGUAAAGAAGGAAGUUACUGGGAUGGUACCAAGUGUUCUCUGUGUCCUAAAGCAAAAUACCAACCAAAUAAGUACCAGUACACCUGUGAAGAUUGUCUAACAGGACUGACAACUGCAAACGUUGGAUCUACCAGUGUUGAUCUGUGUAUUGAUAUAUGUCCUAAUGGUUUUGAGCUGCUGUUUAAUGGUGCUUGUGGACCGUGUGAAAAGAAUUAUUAUCGAACUCAAGGAGAGCAGCUACAGUGUACUGCCUGUCCCAAGGACUUUAUCACUUUAUUUGAGGGUGCCGAAACCUCAGAUGAUUGUCAUCCUCCAUGUGGUAUUGGUGAAGAGUGGGAUGCUACAGCCAGUGAAUGUGAUCCUUGCAAGCUUGGGUUCUACCAGGAUCAGAUGUAUCAGAAAAACUGUAAGCAGUGUGACACUGGAAAGAUUACAUUAAAUACAGGGGAAACUUUCGAGAGUGGAUGUGUAGGAAACUGUGGUCCUGGCACAUAUUGGAAUGAAGUUGCGGGUCAGUGUAUGGACUGUGCAAAGGGAAGGUAUCAGAGUGAAUCGUACAAGGAUUUGUGUGUACCAUGCAUACCUGGAUUUACAACAGACUUCCCCAAAUCUACAUCACUUGCUGAUUGUUUAGAUAAAUGUCAGAGUGGAUAUACUUAUGAUUCUGCUACUGAUUCGUGCAAGGAAUGUGGUUAUCACAAGUACAGGGAUCGGGACAAGCAUAAUGUGUGUCAUGAUUGUCCACCUGGAUUGAUUACAGUGACUGCUGCAGCUACAUCUGAAGCUAUGUGUGUCUCACGAUGCUCAGCUGGUGAAUAUUGGAACAAAGAUAAAAGAGUUUGUGUACAGUGUGACAUUGGAACGUACCAACCGGACACGUCCACGCUACAAUGUAUACAGUGUGAUGAUGACUGGAUAACCCUGACAACCGGUGCAACACAAAUAUCAGAUUGUAAACCUCCAUGUUUGGAAGGAGAAGAAUGGGAUGCUACAAGUAAAAAAUGUGUACCAUGUCCUGUAGGGGAAUACCAGGAUACAAAAUAUGAGGAGAAUUGUAAACCAUGUGGUACAGGCAAAUCUACACAAUCCAUUCGUUCUACACAGGAGUCGGAUUGUGAAUCAACUACAUGUGGGCCCGGAGAAUGGAGAUGUUUAUCAGGGGUUGGCUGUGCUGACUUUGAUGAGAGGUGUGAUGGCAUAGCAAAUGAUUGUGCUGAUGGCAGUGAUGAAAGUGGCUGCUCUUGCCAGUCGGGAGAAUACUUUGAUACAACAUCAUCACAAUGUAAAGAUUGUGAAAAAGGGACGUACCAAGAUCAGUCUGGUCAGUUAUCUUGUAUACAAUGUCCUGUAGGCUUCACAACAGCUGGUGAAAAAACAGACAGUAAAUCUGGUUGUAUAGAGAUCUGUGAUGAUGGUGAGAAGUUUGACCCAGCUCCCCCUGGUGCUUGUGUACAAUGUCCAGUUGGCACAUAUCGGAAAAAAGGAACAGACAACCCAGAGACAUGUACAACAUGUCCAACACCAUUCACAACAGAAAACACUGGAGCAGCAGACAUUGGAGAUUGUGUUCCAAAGUGUGCUAAGGGAGAGUACUACAAAGAGUUACCAAAUGCAGGCUGUACAGAGUGUUCCCUUGGUUACUAUCAAGAUCAGGAGUAUAACCAGUACUUGUGCACCAAGUGUUCCCCUGGUACCACCACUACUACAGUGGCAGCUCAAGACCAGAGUCAAUGCACAGAUGUGUGUGAUCUUGGUGAAGAACUUCCUAUUGAUGGUACAAUGAAAGCAGACUGUAGGCAAUGUGCAGCUGGUUACUAUAAAGACAGUACUACUUAUCUCUGUAAGAGGUGUGGGGACAGUUUCACAUCUCCUGUUGGAUCAGAAUCAUCUACCACUUGUUAUAAGGUUUGUAAAGCUGGUGAAGAGCUUCUGACAGGAAAUACUGGCUGUAAGCCAUGUGACAGAGGCUAUUACAAGGCAGCCCCACCUACCAACACAGAUAGAUUGUGUAACCCCUGCCCAGCUGGAGAAACAACACAGUAUACUGGGACAAUAUCACCUCUGCUGUGUCAAGAUUUAUGCAGUGAUGGUUUUGAGUUGUCGGCAGACAAGGAUUCCUGUGAGCCGUGUCCAGUAGGAAAGUACCGCGCCCAAGGGUCUGGCAAACUUAAGUGUGAACCUUGCCCAACUGGAACCACAACUAGCACUGCAGGCUCCGCUACAAUAGCUUCUUGCAAGCGUGACUGUACCCUUGGACAGAAGUCUGAUACAGAUAAAUGUGUGGAUUGUGAGGUUGGAACAUAUCAAGAUGUACCCCUUCAGGAUACCUGUAAAGAAUGUCCAUCAUGGAAAACAACACUAGCUAUCCGUUCUACUAAAUAUGAAGAUUGUAUAGAUCCUUGUAAGGAUGGUUACCAGUCAGUGAAUGAACGUUGUGUACAGUGUGAAAGAGGCUCUUAUAGACAGCAGAAUAUACAGCCAAGCUGUCAACUAUGUCGAGACAAGUUUACCACCCUGGCCCCUGGUCAGGAUACCGUUGACAAGUGUGUUCCAAUAUGUAGUCGAGGCAGACACUGGGAUGAGAACAGUGAUUCCUGCGUUCAAUGUGAAAGUGGCACAUAUAAUCCAAUUGAAUACCAGCUGCAGUGCUUGCCAUGUCCACCUGGAAGACCAAUUAGUGCAGCUGAUUUCUUGUCAUGUCAAGCUGACUGUCAGCCAGGAGAAUCAUGGAAUGCAGACAGACAGAUUUGUAACUGGUGUUUGGGUGGUACAUACAGUCUAGGGGGAAGUACAGCUUGUGUAUCUUGUCCAGCUGGUACCUACUCAUAUAUAAAAGUUGGAGCAACUAUUGCCGAUUGUGUCACAGUAUGUAAUGCAGGUUACUUCAGACCGACGCUAGCUUCUUCUUGCCAGAUGUGUCCCUCUUCUCGAGUUUCAAAUCCAGAUAGAACAGCUUGUGUAGCAUGUCCUGUAGGCCAGGAACCAUCUUCAGACAAAGGCAGUUGUGUUGAAGAAGGAUCAGACUGGUGUGAUGGAGGCUACGAACCAAGCCUGGCACGGAGGAGGACUCGUUGUGUUCCCUGUCAGCCAGGAUAUUUUAGACCUUGGGGAAGUAGAGAAAGGUGCCAGCAAUGUGCAAAAGGUUUUUACCAGCCAUUGCCAGGACAAAUUUCAUGUAUUUCCUGUACAAAUCCGCUGUAUACAACAGAAGGAAAAGGUUCAACAUCUGCAGAUCAGUGUAAAGCUGACUUUUGCGACGGAGGUGAGGAACCAAUUGGUAGUUCCUGUGAGCCGUGCCCCCCUGGCAAGUACAAACCUUCUGGAACUACAGGAAAUUGUCUCCUUUGCCCUAAAAAUUCUUACCAAGAUGCUACUGGUCAGACUUCAUGUAAAACCUGUCCUCCAGGAGAGGACACUAAGGGUGAAGGAUCAACUAAAGAAAGUGAUUGCAAAGAAGACUGGUGCCCUGGUGGCCAGCAGCCAAAGUCUGGGACUGAUAAGUGUGAAGAAUGUGGACUUGGUAAAUUCAAACCUGAUGGUGACACGGGACCAUGCAGAAAAUGUGAUACGUUACAUUACCAGGAUGAAACCGGAAAAACAAGUUGUAAACCCUGUACACCAACAGGGUUUCAUACAAUGAAUGAAGGUUCAACACAAGCAUCAGACUGUUCUGCAGAAUGGUGUGACCCUGGACAAUCAAUGAUUAAUGGAUUAAAGAAGCCUGGACAAACAAAGAAGAUGUGUUCAGAUUGUGGUUAUGGCAAGUACAGGACGAAGAUGGAUAUUGGAUGUCAAAAUUGUUCUAGUGGUAUUACUUACUCCUUAACUGCGAAAAGUCCAAAUGAAUGUAAAGGUACUUGUCCAAAAGGUUCUUUCAUCAAUUUUUUUACUGAAUCCUGUGAUUUAUGUGACAUUGGUGAAUACACAGAGGAGGACAAUCGGUUUGAGUGUAAAAAGUGUAGAGAUGGACUAAGGACACCAGGAAAAGGAGCAAGUAGUUCAGCUAUGUGUAAAGAAAAUUGGUGCCCAGGUGGAUUAACAUUUGAUGAAGGGCAACAGAUCUGUGUGCCCUGUGGUUUUGGAAAGUACCGAAGGUUUAAGAUGGAUCCUAAAUGUAUAGAAUGUCCAGAAGGGCUAUCUACACUGACUAACACAGCUUCAUUACCUGAUGAUUGUGUCAGUGGUGGUGCCAGGAUGUGUAGGGAAGGAUAUUUGUAUAGAGACGGCAUGUGCAAGCCAUGUCCAAUUGGUUCAUACAGUACAGGAAACAGUUCUGGCUGUAUUGAAUGCCCUCCUGGAUUUACUACAAGAAGGGCUGGUGCACAUGAUGAAAGUCUGUGCAUAACAAUGAGUAGCCAGUGUGAGAGUAAAUUUGACCUAAUUAUUGCUGUUGACUUGUCCAACAGUUUGUACCAUGAUUCAAGCCACCAUAUCUACCUUCACCUUAAACCUUGGCUUAAAUGUUUGAUCAGAAGAUUGGACAUACAUCCCUAUAGAGUAAGAGUGAGCAUUCUAAAAUAUGCUGGCGGAGUAUCACCACUAGUUGACCUCAACGAUAGAUACAGUGCAGAAAGAAUCUGCAGCUUAAUCAACAGAGGUCUUAAACCAAGUAAACGGAUGAGCGUAAACACAGCAGGUGCUCUGAGUAGGGCCUAUGAUAUGUUCCGCCAUCAGGGUCGUCCAGGGGUCCAGAAACAUGUUUUGUUGAUAACAGAUGAUACUUCUGAUAACCCAACACAUGCUGCACAGAUAGCCAAACAUCUGAGAGAUAGACAAGUCCAUAUCACUGUAGUAGGCCCUGAUAUGUUGGAGGGGGCACAACUGGCGUCAAGUACUUACUCACAGUUUAUAGCUCCUGAUUAUCUCCACCUUCCUUCGGAUUACAAUGUGGUGAGAGCUGUUUGCAGACCAAGAUAAUAGACAAAACAUCUCUUUCCUGUGCCUAGUUAGACUACAAAUAUUAUGAACAACUUCUAUAUUUUUCAAGUUUUAUUAAUUGAAAUUUGUCAUAAUCUUUUUUAUCUGUGUAGUAUUUAAUAAUGUAGAUCUGUCAUGUAAACUGUUUACAAAAUUUCAUUUUUAUACCACCUACAAACUUUGUAUUCAAGGAAGUUGAGGGUGCUAUAUUGGAAUGACUUUGUCCCACUCUUUCCUGUCCAGUCUCUUCUUUAAAAUCUAUACAAAUAUCAUUUUAAACUUGCAACAGUCUUUUCAGAUAAAUUCUCAUAUUAGGUCCCAUAACUCUGACUUCUGUUUUGACAAAUUUUCACUUUGAAAAUGUUGUAAAAAUCUCAUUCAGUAUUCCUGAAAUCUGUUGAAAACUUUUCACAAACCAAAACAAUAAUAUCACUUUAUGUAUUUAGUUCCAUAGUUCAUUUUGACAAAAUUAUCCCCCUAUUUGCUUAGGUCAGGGUCAUAUUUUGAGGUCAAAUGUACAAAAUUGUUGAUUUAAAACCAAUGGAUGGAAUUUCAUCCAUACAAUGAUUUAAAUAAAAUCAAGAACCAUGACUUUUGAAGUAAUAUUUAGAAAUAAUAAAACAGAUAGUAUUUAAUACUGAUAAACCAUUUCUAAACAAGACUUUUAGUGGGGGUAUGAAUCACAUGUAGCUCUAGUUUAGAAGUUACUCAGACAAUUUUUCAUUUGUAGCAAAAUGUAAUGUUUAUUCACUAUUCUAUUCUAAACUUUAUGUGAAUGAUUGUUAUAUAAAUAUUCAUAUAUUUCUGCCUGAAUUUCUCAUAUUUGGAAGAAUUUAAUUAGGAAAUAAUGGAUAGAAAAACUGUGUUUUAACAUUAUAAAUGCACGAAAAUAGGUUGUAUGUCCGCGCAAUAACUUCAUGAGGGUGUAGCCUGAGUGAAAUGAGCCGUGCCAUGAGAAAACCAGCAUAGUGGCUUUGCGACCAGCAUGGAUCCA